AUGAUGCAUCACACAAAGCAUCAGAAUUCUGUGGUGGAAGAUCAUGGGGUUGAGAUUGUGCCGCAAUUUCUGUUGGGCUCAAUUGUGAUGGUGAAAGAUGUGAAUCAACUGACCCAACCCCAACCCCCACCGCCACCAAGACUCCACCGACAACCGGAGAGUCACCGACAACCGGAGAGUCACCCACCACCGGAGAAGUCACCGACCUCCGGAGAAGUCACCGAUCACCACCCUCUACCCGCUGGCGCUGGCUCCCCCUUAGAGCUCAGAAACGCCGGAAGACCGCCAUCCACCGCCAAGGGGCACCGCACCGCCCGUCACCAUUUUUGUAAGCUCCACCGGCUUUUUAAAAAAGAUUCGAUAAGAAUGGAAAUGGAAGAAUGUCCACUUGAAUUUGACAUAGAUGAGGCUACUGGGGAUGAGGACUGUGAGGAUUUAUCCAUGGAGGGAGAUCAUAAUUUAGAGGAGGUAGUGGAACCUAAAGUUGGGAUGUCCUUUGAUUCAGAAAAUGAAGCUCGUGAUUAUUACACUAGUUAUGGUAGAACGCAAGGUUUUGGUGUGAUUAUAAGAACAUCAAAAAAGCGUGAGGAUGGACAAAGGACCAAUGUAACUUAUGGUUGUCAUCGGAAAGGCAAGUCGAGGAUAAAUUCACUCAACCCAAUCACCGCCCGUCCAACAUCAAAAACAGGAUGUAAAGCAUCAAUGAAUAUUUCUUAUACCGCCGAUAAGAAGUGGAUGUUGAAUUCAAUUGAGCUCAAUCAUAAUCAUGAAAUAUGCCCAGACAAAGCUCGCUAUCUCAAGUUCAAUCGAAUUAUUCCACCACAUGCGAAGAGGACACUUGAAUUGAAUGGUGCUGCCGGAAUAAGAACAACCAAGACAAUUGCUUCAUGUGUUAUUGAGGCAGGUGGGCCUAAAAAUUUGACAUGGUCAGAAAAGGAUGCAAGGAAUCACCUUGAUAAAGCGAGGCGCUUAGAACUCAAGGAAGGGGAUGCUGAGGCAAUGCAUAAGUAUUUCAUUAAAAUGCAAGCUGACAAUGGGAAUUUUUUUUAUGCCAUGGAUGUUGAUCAAGAGCACCGACUAAGGAGUGUCUUUUGGGCCGAUGCGAGGAGUAGAGAGGCUUUCAAAGAAUUUGGUGAUGCGGUAACAUUUGACACUACUUACUUGGUUAACAAGCACGGCAUGCCUUUCGCUCCUUUCGUAGGUGUAAACCAUCAUGGACAGUCAAUCUUGUUUGGAUGUGGUUUGAUAUCACAGGAGGACACAGAUUCAUUUGUUUGGUUGUUCAAGGCUUGGCUUUCUUGCAUGUCCGGGUGUUCUCCUAAUGCCAUUAUCACGGACCAAUGUCGGGCUAUGCAAAAUGCGAUUAGUAUAGUUUUUCCUAAAGCGCGACAUCGUUGGUGUUUGUGGCAUAUCUUGAAAAAGAUUCCUGAAAAGAUAAAGGGCGAAGCUUAUGAUUCCAUUAAGUCUGGUCUCCUUAAUGCGGUAUAUGAUUCAUUGAAUCAAGAAGAAUUUGAAGCAAAUUGGGGCCAUGUCAUCGAUGCAUAUGAGUUAGAGGGCAAUGAGUGGUUAAAUGGCUUAUACGAGGAAAGACAUCGAUGGGUUCCGGCAUUUGUGAAAGAUACUUUUUGGGCAGGGAUGUCAACCACCCAGCGGAGCGAGAGCAUUAAUCACUUUUUUGAUGGCUAUGUUCAUUCAAAUACCACCUUGAAGCAAUUUGUGGAGCAAUAUGAGAAUGCUAUGGGUAAAAGAGUGCAACAAGAAGAGGAUGAAGAUGCCCAUUGUUUCAACGCUCAAAUUAAGACCGUGUCCCCUUAUGGGUUUGAGGACCAAUUUCAACAAGCAUGCACAAUUGCCAAAUUUAAGGAUUUCAGAGAUGAAGUAGCAGGAAAGAUUUCAUGCCAAAUAGAGCGAGUAAUGGUGGUGGAUGAUAUGGAGGAAUUUGAGAUAGAAGAAGACAUAAAAAUUGGUGAGGCUGGUUUUUUGAAAACUUGUACUUUCCAUGUUCGUUUUAAAAAGCAGUCAAAAGAUGCUAGUUGUACUUGUCGAUUGUUCGAGUUUAAGGGAAUCAUGGAGAAAAGAUGUGAGGAGGAAUCAUACAUUUGUUAA